CGUGCGUCCCGCCCCCGAGGUCUCUGGCAGUCGAUCAGCUCGUCCGAUCACACGCCACGCGUCCUAUCUUCGACUCCUCCCCUUUGCUCCGUCUCUUUUUCCCUCGGUCUCUCUUUCUGAGGAAGCCGACGACGACGACUUUGACUCUCCGCCAUCUCCCUCUUCUUCUUGCUCCCUCUCUGCCACCCCGUCACCACCGCCAUCGCCAUGAGCUUCGCCAUCGAGCGAGCUUUCAGUAAUCAGUUGUUGAUGCCACGGGGAGAGAUCUCAGCCAUCGGCCCUGUGCAUCAUCCGCGGAUCAGCCCCGCCUUCGUGCGCCUUGCACAGUUUUUUUGCACUGCGGGUGUGUACGGCGCGGCAGAGUUCCGGUUCACAAGCGAUUCCCAGGUGGUGGUUCUGGCCGAGGCAACGACGUUCCAACUACGAGCGGCCCCAGGAAUUAGCCACGUGUCUGUCGUGGUAGUCUUCAGCAGCGACAUUACCGCCUUCGAUUCGGCACGACAAGCCGCCAUCAAAAGCACCUUGUACCAGUGGGGUCGUGAUCUGGCCACUGAUUGGGAUCGACGGCUCACAAGGCACGGUGACGAGUGCUAUCAUGUCGACGACAUCGAGGUCAACGUGCUGCGCACGACGCUGCGUGAGCCACCUGUGUGGAGGACCAACGUGGCAGGAGACCUUCUGGGAUUCAUCUUUGGAGCAGUGGAUCGGGGAAACCGAUCACAGAUAGUGCGCGAACUUACGAUCGUGAUCGCGCGACUAGCCGACGAACUCCCCCUUGAUAUCGUCUCUCAGAGCGACGAAGAGCCCGUGCCACAUACCCUCUCAAGGACUCUCGCCCCGAGUCUCCAGUGGUCGGCUUGUAUCGAGGAGCGCUUGGCAGACGACCGUUUUCCAUUUCGAAGCGAGAACCUGGACGUCCACAGCCUAACUAACCCCCGCUUCUUUCGGCAACCAACGGCGUUCGAGUGGGCGGCGCUGAGAGGGGAGGAGGAAGCAGAAAAGGAAUCGGAAGGAGAAUUAAGGAGAGAGGUCGGGGAAGCAGCGGCCCGGUUGGCCGAGGACGAUGAAGAAGAACGCGAAGCAGAAGAAGAUUCGGCGGAAGCUGAAAAAGAAGAAGAAAAAGAAGAAGCAGAGGAGGAGACUUUGGAAGAAGAGGAGGAAGCCUAUAGUGAGCAGAGUGAGGGCGAGCCAAGUGAAGAGGAGGUCGAAGACGACGACAAAGAACUGGAAAGCGGAGACGACCAGGAGCCAACGCACGACGACGAGCACGAGUGGGUGCCAGGACCGGAUCGACGGGAGGAGAACCCUAAGGCUGCCGUGCAGCACAAGAAAGAGGUCGCGGAGGGAAAGCGGCCGGCAAUCGACUCUAGACCGAAUGAUCCUUCCAAGGAUCCCGAGCCGCCCAAGCCGGAACAUGGGAACCUUGCUGCCAUGACCUCGAGCGCCGCGACGACAAGGCGCCGACCUCGAUUCCGAUCCACGUCCCCCUCCACCUCCGCCCGUCCCCCAAUUAUUCAACGUGUCAAUGAGGGGCUUCGCCCUUCGUCCCCGAUCCAUAUACCACCGUCCCCUUAGCCAUCUCUCUUUCAAUCAGUUUUUCCAUUGCGUCGUCUUCCCCCGUAAUCCCUUCCCCAUCGCCACCUUCCGA